CGGACAAAAACUACCAUUGUGUUAAUAAUAAUCCAAAAGUAAUCCAGAAACUUUACUUUUUUCGUAAAAGGGCAGUAACUAUUUAUAGUGGAAUUUUACUGUGUUUGCCAAAAAGCCUUAAAUCGAUGGGACGGAGAGUGACCCCUUCAGCAAAUACACAGCGUAGAAGAAUAUAACCUCUCUCUCUCUCUCUCUCCUCCGCCGCGCCAUGGGCUGCACUGCCUCGAAGCUCGACAAUGAAGACACGGUCCGGCGCUGCAAGGAGCGUCGCAGCCUCAUGAAGCAAGCUGUAUACGCCCGCCACCACCUCGCCUCCGCACAUUCCGACUACCUCCGCUCUCUCCGCCUAACCGGCUCUGCCCUCUCCCGCUUCGCCGCCGGCGAGCCCCUCUCCGUGUCCGACGACACCCCUCCCGUCGUCCUCCGCCCCCCCUCUUCCACUUCCUCCGCUUCCGCCUACGCUCCUCCUCCGCCACCUCCGCCGCCUCCUGCUCCGCCUGCUUUCACUCCUCCUUCCCCGUCCAUUGCCAGCUCAAAGAUGCCCCACAACCACUCCGAAUCUAGCCCUUCCUCCACUCCUUCCCAAAAAAUCCCUACCCGAAAAUACCCUUACUUCCCUUCCAGCGCCUCUACUUACUCCACCACGCCUUCCCAAUCCUCUUCCGCCUGGAAUUGGGAGAAUUUCUACCCUCCCUCCCCUCCCGAUUCCGACUUCUUCCAAAAAAACACCCACAACGAAGGCACCCACAACGAAGACGCCCACAACGACGCCGACGAAGAAAGAUCGGAGCGGGAAGAAGUCCACUGCAGCGAGUGGGGCGACCACUAUAGCAGCAACAGCAGCACCAGUAGCUUAUCCGACGACGACAAUGAUAACCACAACAAGUCCCCGUCGAAGAAGGAUGCCCCCGACGCUGCCACGGCGGCGGGAUCGAAUUAUGCACCGUCUUCGUUCGGCGAACAGGCCACGAUGGCGGGAGAGCAGAAGUUCCACAAGGAGAGGUCGGACGUGGGGUCCACCGUCGACGGCGAGAUCUCGAAUAUGAGGAUGGUGGUGCGGCACCGGAAUCUGGCAGAGAUCGUCAAGGCGAUCGAGGAGUAUUUCGAGAAGGCGGCCGCUGCUGGAGGGUCCGUGUCGGAUCUGCUGGAGACGGGGCGAGCGCAGUUGGAUCGGAGCUUCCGGCAAUUGAAGAAGACGGUGUACCAUUCGAACAGCGUGCUGAGCAAUCUAUCCUCGACCUGGACUUCGAAACCUCCUCUGGCGAUACGUUACCGGCUCGAUACCGGUACGCUCGAAGAUUCGGGUGGUGGGAAGAGCCAUGGCUCGACGCUGGAGCGAUUGCUAGCGUGGGAGAAGAAGCUCUACCAGGAAGUGAAGGCGAGAGAGGGAGUGAAGAUCGAACAUGAAAGGAAGUUAUCAUCCUUGCAGAGUCAGGAAUACAGGGGACACGAGGAAGCGAAGCUGGACAAGACCAAAGCGUCGAUACAGAGGUUACAAUCUCUAAUUUUGGUUACGUCUCAGGCUGUGUCCGCCACAUCCUCCUCCAUCCUAAAACUGAGAGACAAUGAGCUCGCCUUGCAGCUUGUCGAGCUCUGCAAUGGGUUCAUGUACAUGUGGAGAUGUAUGAACCAGUUCCAUGAGGUCCAGAACCACAUUGUCCAACAGGUUCGUGGCCUUGAGAACCGAUCGCUGGCUGGUGAUUCAACGUCUGAGAUCCACCGACAGGCAACCCGCGACCUUGAGUCUGCUGUAUCAGCCUGGCACUCGAACUUCUCUCGCCUCAUAAAAUACCAGCGCGACUAUGUCCGGUCCCUACAUGGCUGGCUUAAGCUCACCCUCCAUCCCAUCAGUGAUGAAAAAGAUCCAUCAGUCGUAAGCAGCAACGUCUCCUCUGAACUCUCUGCUUUCUGUGAUGAGUGGAAACAGGCACUCGACCGCCUUCCCGACACUGUGGCAUCUGAGGCCAUUAAGAGCUUCAUCACUGUUGUCCAUUCGAUAUCUCUUAAGCAGGCAGAGGAGCUCAAGAUCAAGAAAAGGACAGAGAGCGCGUCCAAGGUGCUUGAGAAGAAGGCCACUGCUCUUAGGAACAUCGAGAAGAAGUUCUACCACUCAUACUCAAUGGUUGGGAUUGGACCUCCUGACGGUGGGUCGGAGAGCGGGCAGGUGUUCGACGCCCGUGACCCGCUUGCAGAGAAGAAGUCGGAGAUUUCAGCGUGCCAAAGACGGGUGGAGGAUGAAAUGCUGAGGCACACAAAGGCAAUUGAGGCUACAAGGGCGAUGACACUGAAUAACAUUCAGACUGGAUUGCCGGGGGUGUUUCAGGCAAUGACCGGGUUCUCGAGCGUGUUCGCAGAGGCGCUCGAGGUAGUGUGCAGCCGCGCAGGUGCUCUUAAAUAAAUAAAUAACUAAAUAAAUAAUUUCUUUUCCUGUUAUUUUGGAGGAAAGGAAAAGAAUUAAAAACUAGAGAAGCCAGA